UGGCAUUUCAACCUUUUCUUUACCUCCAUUGACUUUGAAACUUGCUAGCUAUUUCGUGUCUGGCGAAUCCUGAAGAAUCCCGGGUUUGGGCUUUUUUUGGCGCCAAAUUGAUCAACUGAUCCGCCACGCUAGCCAAAAUAACAGGGACCGAGGAAGCGAAGAACGGACCCAGUGAACCACCUCCUAAACGACAAUCGGGGAUCGAUUCAGGCGAGGUUCCCAACCUUCCCUGGAGAAAUGGAUGCCAUGGCCACAUCCAGGACUUCAUUAUCCAAUGACACGAAUGAGGGCAGUCCAUUGGGCCAGCCGGAUGGGCAGUGCUUCAAACCGGCGGGUUCUACUGGGAAUUUAAUGGCCAAGCGAUGUUUGAAGUUGAUCCAUGAGCACGAAUUGAACACGUUUCUGGAUCUGUUACAAGAUGGGAAAGUGGAUCAAAGCGACGAUCAUGAGGUGAUUCCCAAGCAUCUCCGUCUCACCUCACACCAAAACCUUAGACGAUUCCAGCUCAAAUAUGAGGGCCCCUUGAUCGUCCAAUGUGCCAAUCCCAAUUGCCAAAGAUUUGCCGAAAUUCCCCGCAACGGCGAUCCAUCCAUCAUUCCCGACCAUUGGUUCUGUUCCAUGACCAUUCCACGAUGUUGGAAGGCCCUGGAAUGGCAGCCAACGCCCAAGGAGUAUGUGAAGGUGGACUAUGUGCCUGGAUCGUUGGUUUGGGCCAAGGUCGCUUGCCACCCCCUAUGGCCUGGGAUGGUUGAUUUCUGUCCUGAUACUCGGGAAUACUACUGGAAUGACGAUGAAGACGCCAAAGAGCCCACGCAUUACAAUGUGGUGUUCUUUGUACCCAAAGUGGCCAGGACUUGGGUGGCUAAGACGCACAUGAAGCCGUUCAACAGCCACGAAAUGAAGACUCCAGCCAAACCGAAGACCCACAAGGAAACAUUCAAGGCCUACGAGUACAAUCUACAGCUAAUGGAUAUGUCACUGCGGGAUCGGCUGCUUCAUUAUUCCUUUCUGAACUUGUUCAAAGGCAAGUGGAGUGACUUUGAAACUGAACAGAGAAAAAAACUGCAACUUACAAAGCUUAAACGUAAAAGACCCGAGUCUGCCAUCCCAUCGUCCGGGAAAAAGAAAUCGGCAAAGCUGGAACAAAUCAAACGUUGGUCUAAAAACGAAUGGGUGGGAACAAUUGAAGACAAGCCGAAAAAGAGAGAGGUAUCAAAGGAUAGGGACGAGAGUUCUGUCACUCACAAAGCCCAGAGGCACGAAACUAGCUCAUCUGAAGAGGACAUUCCACUUGACUCUGAUACUGAUGUUAGCGUCUGCGAGAACCCUGCCAAGGCUGACCUAGCACCACCCAUUGUUCUCGAUGAAAUCUCGGGCCAUCUGAUUGAUCCACAAGGCGGGACAUCUCAGAAUGAAGAAGCAAUUGCCCCACUGUCGCCUGAAACUAUUGAUUUGCCUGAAAUGACAAAUACCCUUGAAAUGACGAAUAUCCCUGAAACCACAGAUAUGCAUGAAACUCUCCAAUUCCAAGAGAUCAUGGUGCAAGUUGAAACGAAUGAGAAUGAUCGGCCGUCAAAAGGGACUUCGCACCCAGAAGUGGCCAAGCUCAUUGAUGAUCCUCAGCCAUCGAACAUGGAGGAUUUGAUCGCUUUGAAUGAUGCGAAAAAAAUCAGAAGGAAAAUUGAUCCCCGGGCUGUUAAAUCCAAGGGAAUUCCCAUCCUGAACGUCCGAAUGGGAGACUUUAAAGGCCAGAGUAUGGUUUGGCAGAAUCAAGGUAUGAAUGCCGUCGUCACCGCUCAUUUACCAGCACCAAUCGAUGGUGUCAGUGGCCGAAUGAUGAUAUCUCAACGGCCCAUGAAACCAUUAGUAACCAUUGAAGGCAACACUAUUGGCAAGUCCCAACAUGUCUAUAACAGACCACCGUUACCGGCGAGGUUUCUUGCUAUACUGGCCGUGCAAAAUACGGUUCAUCCGGUAGCACUCAAAACGGAUUUCUCAAGUGUGGUCGAAUUCUUAAUGACACAUUUUCCGUACUUUGAAUUGCGUCCCGAACUAGCCCGUUCCGUUCUGGAGCUCGUGCUUGGAGCGAAUCAGGACAAAGUAUUUGCCAUUGCCCCUCAAUCCGUAUCGGAGAACGAACCCGCCCUCCGGAGAGAGGUGGAGCAAAACCAGAGCAAACUCCGUGACUCGAUGCGCUAUCCCUGUCUGUUGGAAGCGUUCCUAAGCAAUUGCUCCUAUCCCUCUCGUCACUUUGUGGCCGGUCCCGUGAACGAUGAAGGUCUCAUGAUGCUCGUGUUCUGGUCGCUUCACUCCCAAGUCCAUGGUUUCGUCGAUCAUCGCCAAUCGAAGCACGAAAUGGAUCUGAUGUUCCGAUUCAUGUUUCCGUUCUUUUCCGGGGGCUCGACCAAUUAUGUGUUGCCGAUACUUUUAGAAGGGUUCAAACCCAACCGAUCCUCUUUGAAAUGUGCCUUGUUAACUCUUAGUGAAAUGACCGAGUCCGAUAUAGCCGUGUUCUCUCCUUGUCAAAAAUAUCUCAAGCACAUGGCUCAAAGUUUCAAACGCAGUCUCGAGAACGGUCUGCUCACUUGAUGUACCAACCAGACUUGAGCUUCGGAAUAUGUAUCUCGUGUUUGUCAGUUUGUGCGAAUAUAUCGUUGUCAUUUUGGAA